AUACGAACUUCAGUUACUCUUUCUCACCGAUGUCAAACGACAGCGAACGCAAGAAGGCCAACCCUACGCAUUGGUAUAAUGGGCAGUACCUCUUGCAGCGGGAACGUAGUACCGAUCCCGCGAAUCCAGGAUUCAAGCUCACCAAGGCAGCAGAAGAGGCCCAGACAGCAAAAUGGGAGAUGCUCAUUGCCAACAGGAAGCCUACGGAGAACAUCACCCCUGAACUCCUCGGUGGCCAUGGCAGGUCACCUCCGUUACUGCUAUACGGCUGGACGUUCAAUCACGACUACUUCCUCGAGUACGCCAAGAGACACAGGCUGACUCUGGAGGUUCCCGAGCAGGCGCGUCAGCGGCUGGGCUGCGCCACAGAGGAAUUCAACUUCGCUGACGUCACCGAGGAACACUGUCGAGACGAGCAGUUGCUCAAAGAACUGCGUUCAGCAGCGCGUUUCGUCUCGGUGUGUCACCUAAGGGAGGCAUCGGGACUUGCAUUCACGAUAGGGCGGCCCUUGUCUCUCGAAUGGGACAGGAUCCUCUACGUGUGGACGAACUACGACAUGGCGGAGAGGUACCUCGGUGAUGGGCUUUCUCAGAAAGGGAGAUUUGAAGAAGCCAAGAAGGUCAUGGACGAAGCGAUGAACGAAUGCCUACCGGAUGGGAAGAAGAGCGAGCUACUUUGGUGGUGGUCCUUCGACGACAAUGACGUGAAUGUUCUGACUAGCAUAGAUUAAUUAUUCUUAGGCUCGGUGUUGCAGUCCGCCAACAUACGCUUUUUUCCCGCUGUCCUGCUUCUGUUCUCCUGUCUGCCUCCGCUAUGUUAUAGACCGCAGUUGUAUGGUUUUCGAUGUAGGAAUGCAUGUGUGUAUCGCUGGUCUUUGAUCGCGGCCUGGUCCGGGUGGGGUGACAGUACAGAGGCCUCAAACUACUGCGACUGCGUAAGCAAUUCGAGGUGUAAACUGAGCGUCGGUAAGAGGGUUUGCGAGGUCCAGGCCCAUGUGGGACGGGAGACGAUGUUCUGCCUCUAAUAGCAGACGACGAAUGCAGGGGUCAACCACGUUAAACGUCGAGCCCCGGGUAAGGCUGCACCACACCACUUUCUCUACGCACAGCUGCCACGUUCUGAGCUGACGCAUCUUUGGCAUCCGCACCCGACGACCCAGUCCGCACGUGGGAUGGGAGCAUGGACUACUGUGCACGGUGCUGCCCCGACUUGUCGUGCCCGUCAACCUCCACCAAGGGUACUCGCUCUGGCCGCCGUGGCGGCGAACAUCCCGGGUGCCUUCGUGACCAUCGCGGGACCGCGAUGGCUAGCUUCGCCGCGGGUAACUUCCCCGAAGGCACGGAGAAACGCAGCGUCCCAGAGGGAACGUACGUAUUUGUGCGGCGGCAUGCUAGCGGCCCUAGCGAGAGGCUCCUCCAUCAGGAGCCCGCGGAUGGACUCAUGCUAAAGCGAACGCGGAAUGCCUUGUGGGACUGAGGUGUGGUUCCCCGCGAUGAUCGAUCGGUCUAGGUGACGGACAUGCACGCUGUGCCAGCGCAUGUGAGGGAGUUCGCCGGCGGCAAGGGUCUCGUUGUAGGCGGCGCCGAACGAGUUGUCGACGAUCUUGGAGAUAUCGUUGUUUGCGAGCUUGUCACAUAGCUGUAGGAGAUAUGCCCGUCGCUGUUAGAUCUUCCGGUAUCCUGAGUUCCGCGAAGGCUCAGUACUCAGUAGCGAGGUUUGCAAACCUCGUCGUCUGCGGCGCCCGCUCACAGCCGCGGUCGGCGUAUCGAUGCUUUUCAACCAUAAAUUCAAGCGGUCGAGGAACCCUUCGUCCCGUUCUUGACUCCCGCGAUGUUGUACUUCCGACUUCCGACGGGCGUCCCAUAGGUUCAGGAGUUCUCGUAUCCUGGAUAGAGAGUCUUCGAGAUAGCUCUUGCUGAACCCUAACACAUCUACAAGCAACUUUCUCUGUUUGUCCUCGUCCAUAGACGCACCGUUAGGC